AUGAAUUUUACAAAUCGCGUCUUUAAAAUCAAGAUAUCAACAAUUAUUACUCCGUAAUUGUAACCAAUUCUAAUUUAUUUAAGGGUUCAUAAAGUUUCAGACUCAUUAGAAAAAUGGACUAUUUAUAAACCUGAAUUCAUAGCUCUAGUUAUUAAUUCUUUAGGAGGAUCCCUCAUUUAAACUUAAAAAUUAGCUAUUCUAUUAAAAAAUUAUAGUCAAACUAAAAAGUACAUAUAUUUUAUAUUCUAGAAUUCCAUUAUAUUGUUUUGGAGAAGAUAUUGUCAUUAAAAGUGCAUUAGGAUUAUUAACUAUUGGUGAUAAGGCUUAUGUGAGUUAAUAAAUUUAAAAUUAUAGAUCCCUAUGCUAUUGUUGGAAAUAUGGGAUAUGCUUAACCAUUUUUUGAUUUAAGAAAAUUUACAUCCAAUUGGUAUAUACAAUAAAAACACAUUGUCACAAAUGAGAACAUGAAGCUUCUUAAUCCAUUUUAAGAAUUACAAUAAAAAGAUCAGGAAUGGGUUUAAUAAUAAAUGAAAAAUUAAGAAUAAGAAUUGAUUAACAUGAUUGAAAUUAAUAGGAAAUUAGAUAAAUCUAAUUAUGAGACUAGAUUGCAAGAAAUCUAUAGAAAUGGAAUUAUACAACCUAAUUUAUUAUUAAAACAUGGUAUCAUAGAUGGUUUCACAGGUUUAGAUAGCAUAAUUUAAGGAAAAAAAAUUCGCAAAUUAGUGUGA